CUGUGACAUUACCUUUUUCUUCGUCGUAGAGAUUUCUCGAGAGAGAGAAAAAGAGAAAAAGAUGGCUGAAGCAGCGAGAAGACAAGGUGGUGGGAGACCACUACCGCCACCUCCGAGAGGCGCUAACCAACCUAAUCGCCCUAAACCUGAACCUGUCGAUCGUGAAAAGACAUGUCCCCUACUUCUUCGUGUUUUCACCAAGAGUGGUGGUCAUCAUACUAAUGAAGAUUAUGCUGUGAGAGGCAGAGAACCAAAAGAUGAAGUUCAAAUCUACACUUGGAAAGAUGCCACUCUUCGCGAGUUAACAGAUUUGGUGAAAGAAGUUUCUGUAGCAGCUAGGAGAAGGAAUGCAAGAUUGUCUUUUGCGUUUGUUUAUCCUGACAAGCAGGGUCGCUUUACUAUGAGAGAGGUUGGGCAGACUAUGUCUUUUCCGAACCGAAAACAACCAGAUGACAGUAAAACGCUUUCCGACCUUAGGUUUGAGAUUGGAGAUUAUCUGGAUGUCGCAAUUUACUAGGAAGUUUCUGUUUCGUUAAGUGGGAUUUAGCUGCGUGCACAAUGGAAGAAGAACACAUUUCAUGGUUGUACCAUCUCAAACUUCGUUUAGACAUUUUAUGUAUUUUUGGAUCUGGUCUGUGCACUAAUGUCUAAUGGUUUAGUAUAAUAUCCUGCUUUUUUUU